AUAUCGAUAAUUUCGCAGUCACACAGCUUCCCAUCUCUAUUGGCCCAAAACGUGUUUAUUUUUAAUUCUGAAAAAACGAAGCAAUAAUGGAAGAAAUCGAGGGAUAUACAGUUGUUUCGCUGCGAAUGAGUCCCGAUGCACAGCACUGCCACAGCGUUUACAUGCGGGAACACUUCAUUCGCCUGAUGGAUCCAAAUAAACCGAAAGGUCGCACGUUAUUCCUGCUCAAUGUACCACCCUAUGUGACCGAGGAGAGCCUGAAGGGGUUCUUCAAGCGCGCUGGUAACGUGGAGAGCGUACAAUUUGCAGCAAAGCCUGGAAAAGAUGAGACAAUCAAAUGGUAUGAGGGCUCAAAAGAGCCCUUCUCCACAGUGAGCCCGCCGUUCAUAUUCAAAGUGGCUUACGUGGUGUUCCAGAAGAGCAGCAGCCUGGCCAAAGCCCUGGCCGUGCCGAGCAUUGACCUGUUCGACAGCAGCGGCGCAUCCACCAUCAAAACGGGCAUGGAGCUGUGGCACGAAGAGUACGAAAAUCAUUACAUCCUCGAUGCGGAGCAGACAAAGGCACAGAUCACGGAAUAUAUGGCCGACUAUGAUAGAAGAGAACGAGCGGCUGCACUGGCGGCAAAGAACAGCGAAGCCGACGCCGAUGGCUGGGUCACUGUCGGCAAAGAGGGUCGCAACGCUGGCUUCGAGCAAAAGGAGUCUGUCAUCGGACGCCUCGAAAAGAAGCGGGAGAAUGACACGAAAACGAAGGAGCUGAAAAACUUUUACACCUUCCAGAUACGCGAGAGCAAAAUGCAAAACAUUGUCGAGAUGCGAAAAAAGUUCGAAGAGGAUAAGCGAAAAAUUGAACUGCUAAAGCAGUCGCGUCGCUUCAAACCGUUUUAGUUCGUACGCGCACGCAUAGGUUAAGAGUUGAAUAAAAACAGCCUCCAGCAUGGGGCAUACACACUGCAUCUGCAACUGCAACACCUCUGACAUGACCGCUGGGGCUGGCAAAUCCUCAUAAA